GUCCUAAAGUGCGGGAAAGUCUCUCAGGGAAGUUCAAUCUCUAUAGAAACCAGAUAUCUCACAUGGGGGAGAAGUAAUCCUGUUUUGAGUGUGGGAAAUGUUUUUCAUGUAAGUCGUAUUUUUAUAUAUACCAGUGAUAACACAAGAGGGAGCAGCCAUACCCUUGUUCAGAGUGCGGGAAAUGUUUUUCACAGAAGUCCAGCCUGCAUAUAUAUCAGAGACCUCACAUGA